GUGUAAGUAUAAAAAACAACAUAACACAGCUUAGUGUGCGUAUACCAAGGGAACUUGAAAUGGAACACUUGACUCAUAAUUUGGGUGGGAAUAAGGGAAUGAAAAGGUCUCGUUGUUCUUCAGCUAAGGUUGAGAGGAAGAUCAUUGAGAAAAACAGGAGAAAUCAUAUGAAGAAUUUGUACUCCAUGCUCAAUUCUCUACUCCCCCAUCAAAAUUCCAAGGAGCCAUUAUCACUACCUGAUCAAGUAGAUGAAGCUGUGAAAUACAUAAAGAGGCUGCAAACAAAGUUGAAGGAAUCCAGGGAGAGAAAGGAAAGCCUAAUGGGAAGAACGAGAUCCUACAAAUGCACCCAGAGUAAUGAUAGUACUAAACCUGCUGAAAUUAGGAUUAACGAAAAGGGUUCAGCUAUGGAGGUGGCUUUGAUGACAGGGCCCGGCAGUCAGUACAUGUUUUAUGAGAUGAUCCGCAUAUUUCAUGAAGAUGGAGCUCAUGUACUGAACGCCAAUUUCUGGGUUGUUGGGAAUACAAUUUUCCACAUCGUUCAUGCUGAGAUUGGAGAAUUUGGUGUAGCGAAAAUAAUAAAGGAGAAAUUGAACAAGUUUGUGAAUGAAGACAGGUGCAGGGAAGAGGAACUUGAACAAGAGCUAUAUUGGGACUACGAAAUCCCUCCCGAAACGUGGAAUUUCCAUAUCAUGUGAUUCACGUUUCUCAAUCUAGCUGCUUCUAUGCCCCGCUAGGCUGCUUGCUGGUUUAAUAUUGCCUUUAUUUGUUUCUAUUAUCUGGUGUCAGCCAUUCCUUCAGUAAUGGAACAAUCAUAAGUGGACUUCGAAA